UCAGGUUAUUUGGAAUGAAAAGGUGCGCGCGCUGUCAGGCGACAAUCCUUUCGUCGGAAUUGGUAAUGAGAGCACGUGAACUGGUUUUUCACGUGCAUUGUUUCUCCUGCGCCGUCUGCAAUUCACCGUUAACGAAGGGCGAUCAUUUCGGCAUGCGUGACGGCGCUGUCCUGUGUAAAUUGCAUUUUGAUAUUCCGUUAUCGGAACCGACGUCGCACGGUAUCUAUUCCGGUCCGAUGCAUUAUCCCUCGCCGUUUCCAAGUCCAGAGUUCCAUUCAUGUACACCCCUGCCUCCUCCGACGCCCAUCGAACCUGUUGGUAAAGUUCCUUUUUUUAAUGGUACACCUACGCCGCGACAGAAAGGAAGGCCGAGGAAAAGAAAACCUAAAGACCUGGAGAGCAUGACGGCUAGCUUAGAUUUAAAUUCAGAUUACUUGGACAUGUCGUUCGGUCGAUCGCCCGGAGGACCUGGAAUGGGAUCUAACCAAAGGACGAAAAGGAUGAGGACGUCGUUUAAGCACCACCAACUUAGAACAAUGAAAUCCUACUUUUCAAUUAAUCACAAUCCCGACGCGAAGGAUUUAAAACAAUUAUCACAAAAGACUGGAUUGCCGAAAAGAGUAUUGCAGGUAUGGUUUCAAAACGCACGCGCGAAAUGGCGGCGAAUGAUGCUCAAACAGGAAGGCAAAUCCGGCGAAAAAUCCGGCGCCGACGGCUUGAGCGACAUGGAGCUCUACACUCACGGCCCCGGUCCGAUGACGAGCAGUCUACAGUCGCUACCACCACAAAGUCCGCCUUUCAUGCUUCCGUCGGGCAGUCCCUCAUCCUCCCUCGAUUGUUCUUGAUUAGAAGUGAUAAAAUAUUGUUGGACAUUUGAAGGUAUGAAAUUGACACCACAAUUGUAAAGUAUUCUCAGAGACUUAGUUAUAUAAACUAAAUAUAGAUGUAAAUGUAAAAGAUUGUCCAAUUUAUAUAUUAAAAACACACAAACGUGAAGCCAAUAAAAAAUAUUCCUAUGUUAUUUAUUUAAUUAAUUAAUUAAGAGGCACAUGUGAUUAAAAUUUAUUUAUUAGAUCAUUUAAAUAUCCGCUAUUUACGAGAAUUUUACUGUUUUGUAGAUUAUAGCAACAUAGACUAAUAGGGGUAAUUAUUUUAAAUUGUAAGAGAUAAUGUGUACUUAUUUUAAAACGUAAAUAUGGCGAUGGUUAAGGGCACGUUUCCUAUUUUUAAAGUGCAAAAAAGUGUUAAAUUUUAAUUCUCCGCUCAUUAAAGCGCGCGGUGCCCAAUUUUUGUUUGUGUAGAUUAUGUACGUUUAUUGGUAAACAAAAAUCAUUCGGAUUAUUUUCAAGAGCUUGGUCCCCCGACUGAUUUUUGUUAAAUUACUGUUACAUUGUUCCUAUAACAAAUAGACUUAAUAAAUAAGGAGCACAUAUUAAAAAAACGCACUUUCUUAUAUUUAUAACUUGUUAAAGCAAUGUCUAGUGCAGGUCGUUUUUGCAUUGUCUUCCUUUCAAACUCUACACAAAGCGAGAAAAAAAGCAGUAGAUAUGUGGUCGGUCCAAUAAUAAACGGAGAUGGAGAAUCAAACGAAAAUUAUUGUCUUCCUCGACCGCCAAACAAGUUUUUAUAUAAUUUUAAAUCAAUUCAAAAUGGUGCACAUUCAUUGAUAAUGUUUUUGUAUCCCGAUUCGAUGCUAUAAUCAGUCGUAUUUACAUUAUUCAUUUCAUGACCCAAAAAAAAUGUUCAAUGUAUUGUGGAAAUAAAUGUAAGUUUUUCGAAAUUAUUUUAAAAACACGAAAAUGGUGACCUUAUUUUACGUUUAC